GCGGGGGGUGGGGUGAAGGUGAAGUUCUCCGCAAUUACUGUAAACUCAGGUAGUAGUGGGCACCCCUGGCUCUGAGACUCAGCAGCAUGUGCCUGCGUUGCACUCGUGCCACUGAUGAUGCUACCCAGGUCAACCCCGAAAUCUCAAAAUGGCAUCCUUCUGCAGCGACCAUGAGAGGGCAGUCCACAAAUAAGCGUAUUGAAAAUAUGCAAAACCUAAGGAAGGAGAAGAGGAAAUUCAGCAAAAAGUAUUCAAGUCCUGCUCCCAUUCCAGAGCCAGGAAUCCUAGAAUUAUCACAAGAUGGACUAAAGAAUACACUGUCAGAAGAGCCUCAGCUCUGGGAACACUGCAGGCUGCUACAGAAACCUGGAGGUGCCAGAAAUGUUUGCUGUGAAGAAGUCAUGUGGCCAAAUUGCCUGGAGGAACCUGAAUAUCAAGUCCAGCCCUCUGUGUAUCUGGGAGGGAAUUGGGGGAGGGCAGGGAGAAGGAAACAAAAGAUUAGCUGCACAGCCUAGUCCUCAGGGCUUUGAAGCACCCUCUAGGGUGGUGUUUUAUAACCCUCAGUUCUGUGCUGUCCUCACAGAUAAGUCUGACUCUGCAGAGUAAGAAAUUUUUUAAUAUUAUAUGUAUCAUUCCUCUUUUAUUGCUAGCCAAGAAUGUAACCAGACUUAUCUGCCAUCACUGUUACAGAAUCAUGUUCUUUCUGUGCAUGCAGUGCACCCUAAUAAAAGGUAUACAAAUAAAAGCAAACCUCUCACAGGGACCUGCGCUCAGUGGAAUAUGAAAACAGCCUCCCCAGGGUUAUGAUGUCAGCUUACUCUAAAUCUC